AUGUCUCAAAGAAAGCUACAACAAGAUAUUGAUAAGCUUUUGAAGAAAGUGAAAGAGGGAAUCGAAGAUUUCGACGACAUAUAUGAAAAAUUUCAGUCAACAGACCCUUCCAACUCGUCGCAUAGGGAAAAACUAGAAUCUGACUUAAAGAGAGAAAUCAAAAAACUGCAAAAACAUAGAGACCAAAUAAAAACAUGGCUAAGCAAAGAGGAUGUAAAAGAUAAACAGAGUGUUCUGAUGACUAAUAGGAGGCUGAUUGAAAAUGGCAUGGAAAGGUUCAAGUCCGUGGAGAAAUUAAUGAAAACAAAACAGUUUUCAAAGGAGGCUUUAACGAACCCAGAUAUAAUUAAGGAUCCCAGAGAACUCAAAAAGAGAGACCAAGUCAUGUUCAUUCAUGAUUGUUUAGAUGAACUACAGAAGCAAGUAGAACAAUCAGAGGCUCAAGAAAAUGAGGAACAAACAGAAAGACACGAAUUUCACAUCGCAAACCUAGAAAAUAUCUUGAAGAAACUUCAAAAUAAUGAAAUGGACCCAGAGCCUGUGGAAGAAUUUCAAGAUGAUAUAAAGUAUUAUGUUGAGAAUAACAGUGAUCCUGAUUUCAUCGAAUAUGAUACAAUUUACGAAGAUAUGGGUUGUGAAAUUCAACCUUCAUCGAAUAGCAAUGAAGCCCCCAAAGAAGCAAACAAUCUAUCAUCCGUAUCCAGCAUCCGUUCCACGAGAAAACAAGAACGUUCUCCAAAGAAAAAAAUCCCACCAAAGGAAACAUUUAUAUCAGACAGGGCGACAACUCCAGUGGCGGCAGCUGUAGAAUCUGUUUCUCGGUCUGUAUCUUCUACUCCGACACCAGUAUCGAUUGAUACGCCAUUGCAUACAGCGAGAGACGAUUCAAUGAAGCUCGAUAAUUCCGUCCCUGCUGCACUAGCUACCAACAUGUUCAUGAAAAAGAAGGAAUAUGAGAAUGAUUCAGAGCAACAAUUGAAUUUUCCGCCGGAUAAAACAGAGGAAAUCCAAAAAACUAUCCAGAACGAUAUAGAAACGAACGCAGCUUUUCAGAAUCCUCUUUUUAAUGACGAAUUGAAGUAUUGGUUGGACUCGAAAAAGUACUUAAUGCAACCUCUUCAAGAAAUGUCGCCAAGAAUGGUAUCGCAGUUAGAAUCCUCGCUCUUAAAUUGUCCGGAUUCUUUAGAUGCCGAUUCACCAUGUCUUUAUACCAAACCAUUAUCUUUACCUCACCCAACAUCAAUUUUCUUCCCCAGUGAACCAAUUCGAUUUGUUUACCCCUACGAUGUACCUUUGAAUCUAGCAAAUAAUGAAAAUGACACAACUGACAAAUUCGAUAAAGAUGGUAAUCCAAAAUCCAAAAAGCAUGACGAUAUCUAUAAUAGAACUUCGUUGGCGAGAAUAUUCAUGAAAUUCGACCUUGAUACUUUAUUUUUCAUAUUCUAUCAUUAUCAGGGUUCUUAUGAGCAGUUUCUAGCAGCCAGAGAGCUUUACAAAAACAGAAACUGGUUAUUCAACAGAGUGGACCGUUGCUGGUACUAUAAGGAAAUCGAGAAGUUACCACCGGGAAUGGGUAAAUCUGAAGAGGAAUCAUGGAGGUAUUUCGAUUAUAAAAAAAGUUGGUUAGCGAGACGUUGCGGUAACGAUUUUGUAUAUAAUGAAGAAGAUUUUGAAAAACUGUAA